AUUUUAACCACUGAAAGUUAUCAUAUUCUGAUACUGAUAUUUUCCUUAGCAGACAAAUCCUAGCUCUUUCUGAGAGAUGACAAAUGUUACAGCAGUGCUGGAAUUCAAGCUACUGGGCUUCAGCAGCAACCCAUACUGUCAGAUCUUGCUAUUCAUGGUGGUUAUGGUUAUUUAUAUUCUCACCAUCUUAGGAAACAUCAUUAUUAUAUUGGUGGUGAAACUGGAGCCAAAACUUCAUUCACCCAUGUUCAGAUUUCUCCAGAACCUUUCUUUCCUGGAAGUCUGUUACACCACCACAAUUGUUCCUAAGAUGUUGUCCAAUCUGCUGGCAAAGAGGAAGAGCAUCUCUUUCUCAGGAUGCAUGGCACAGCUUUACUAUUUCGUUUCCCUGGGAAUUACUGAAUGCUACCUCUUGGCAGCGAUGGCAUACGACCGAUUCCUCGCGGUCUGUCAGCCCCUGCAGUACAGUGUGGUCAUGACUGAUGAGUGUUACACACGUCUGGCUGUGGGCUCCUGGGUCACUGGUGUUUUCACUGGUGUUCUGCCCUGCCUGAUGAUCUCCAGGUUGCAUUUUUGCAGCUACAACCUCAUUGAUCACUUCUUCUGUGAUAUCUCUCCGCUGUUGAAGCUCUCAUGCUCAGACACCACUGUCACAGAAGCUGUCAUCUUCAUGAUCUCUCUCCUGGUCCUUCCCAGCUGCUUUCUUUUGACUCUGGUUUCAUACCUCUUUAUAAUCCUUACCAUCCUGAAGAUACCCUCUGCUUCUGGAAAAAGAGUAACCUUCUCCACCUGCAGCUCACACCUCAUGGUGGUGACUAUAUACUAUGGUACAACGAUUUUCAUAUAUGUCCGUCCCACCUACGGCCUCUCCUCAGACCUCAAUAAAGCUGUUGCUGUGCUCUACACCGUGGUCACACCCCUUCUGAACCCAGUCAUCUACAGCUUGAGAAACAAGGCGUUCCAGAAGGCCUUGGAAAAAACACUCUUCAGACACCAUCGCCUUCAUUCUUCAUAA